AUCGUUCGCGGCGACAUUCGACGAUGGGCGAUGCUCGACAAGCUGAAGCGAAGCAGAGCGAAGCUCGUCUGGCAGGAGACAUGGUCAGCAGACUAUGGCUCACGCUGGACUGCACAUGAAGGCGGGGGCGGCUUCGGGAAUGAGGAGAUACAGCACUACUCUGACGCACAGGUCCAGUGCGCUCCCUCGCACCUGACAGUCCAUGGCCACAGUGAUCCAGAGGGCAACAGCUUCAAGAGUGCCAAGCUGAUCUGUGAGACCCCGCUGGGCAUCCCACGAGGCUACAUCGAAGCACAGGUGAAGCAUCUGCCCUGCUCAUCUGGCUUAUGGCCUGCUCUGUGGUUGCUGCCGAAGCAAGUCAUCGACGGUAGCAUACAAUGGCCUGCGCUGGGCGAGGUAGACAUCAUGGAGACGUUCGGUCUGGAUGAGCAGGUCACCCAUGCAGCUCAUUGGGGCACACAUCAUCUGCCUGAGGACGGCGGCAAGCAUCACGCUCAGUCACAUGCUCACAAGCCCAGCCAGACCGUUGGCCUGGCGUUCUGGCCUGCAGACGAGCAUGGCGUACGAUUGGAAUGGUACAGCGAUCGCGAGAGAGUCGCUGAAUGUCGCUGCCCUUCGCCUCCUUUCGCCAAAGAUCUCUCUGACUUUUGCCUCAUCCUCAGUCUGUCUCACCCUUUCACUGGGUUCUCUUACUCUGACUGAUGCGCAUCGUCUAGAUCUUGCCAUGGGUGGUACCGCGACGCAAUGGAAGACGCCUAAAGCAGGCCGACAUACGUUCGAGCUGGGCGACAUUUCUCUCUACGACGCUCG